AGAUCUAGUUCCAACGCUGUCGUUCACGUUUGUACGCGGGCGACUGGGCGACACCAUUUUCUGUUUUCUAUGUGGACAAAAUUUUAUUAAUGGUGAUAAAAAAUGAGUGAUUAUUCAGCGGUAGCGCCGCCACCUCAACAGAAUUUUGGUCCUUCCUCGGCUUUUGCGGCCGCCCUCCAAAGAGCAAAACAAGUCAGUAUUCCGCCAAUCGCUGCUAAAAUUAACCCAGGAUCCACAAACCCGGCCGAUAAUCGACCGAAAAGGCCUCUAGAAGACGGGCCAGAACCGGAUGCGAAGAAAGGUCCAAGCACCAGUGGACCACCUCCUCAACUGCCUCCGCCUGGAAACAGACCGCCGCCGAGCCAGGGUGGCAUGGGUGGACCCCCAAUGGGUGGCGGGCCGCAGCUUAAUGAAGACAUCAAAGUGCCUGAUAAAAUGGUUGGCUUAAUAAUUGGUCGUGGAGGCGAACAGAUCACGAGACUUCAGUCGGAAUCAGGCUGUAAAAUCCAAAUGGCACCUGAUUCACAGGGAAUGCCAGACCGUGUAUGUUCGCUAUCAGGCACUAAAGAGGCCAUCAAUAGAGCCAAGGAGCUCAUUAUGAAUAUCGUUCAUCAAAGAGGUCGCACGGAAGGGUUGGGUGGGCUCGAUCUAGGGCCAAAUAUGGGUCACAAUAAUUACCCAGGGAUGAACAACAUGAACCAGGGGAUGGGUGGUGGUGGCGGCGGCGGCGGUGGCGGUGGCGGCGGCCGUAACUUCGUCGAAAUCAUGAUACCUGGACCCAAAGUCGGUCUGAUAAUCGGUAAAGGUGGCGAAACCAUCAAACAACUGCAGGAAAAAAGCGGCGCGAAAAUGGUUGUGAUUCAAGACGGUCCUAAUCAAGAACAAGAAAAACCGUUACGGAUCAGUGGUGACCCUUCCAAAGUCGAAUACGCCAAACAAUUAGUCUACGAUUUGAUUGCCGAGAAGGAGAUGCAAAAUUAUAAUCGAAGAGGUGGAGGCGGGAGACAAGACGAUAGGCAACAGUACAACGAUUAUGGAGGGGGUGGUGGUAAUGAGGCGGAGGUUUUAGUGCCGAGACAGGCUGUGGGGGUUGUUAUUGGAAAAGGGGGCGAUAUGAUUAAGAAAAUUCAAGCGGAAACUGGGGCGCGGGUUCAGUUCCAGCAAGCCAGAGAGGAGGGGCCGGGGGAGAGGCGGUGCUACCUCUCAGGCACCCCCAAACAAGUCGAACAGGCUAGACAACGAAUAGAGGAACUUAUCGACAGCGUCCAUCGACGAGACGGCGGCGACGGUCCCGGCCAAGGCCGUGGCAGAGGAAGAGGUGGCGAUCGUUACGACAGCCGAGGUGGAAGUAACAGAAACGGCGGAGGACAAGACUACGGCGGUUGGGACGACAGAAGACAACAACAAGCACCUCAAGAAGUCACAUUCGUUGUUCCAAGUUCGAAAUGUGGAGUAAUAAUCGGGAGAGGUGGCGAAACGAUCAAACAGAUCAAUCAACAGUCCGGUGCCCACUGUGAGUUAGACCGCCGAUCACAAAACAAUCAGAAUUCAAACGAAAAAACAUUUAUAAUCCGCGGCGAUCCUGAUCAAAUCGAAGCGGCCAAACGAAUAAUCAGCGAUAAAGUCCAAAUGCCUCUUAACUUCGUACCUGUUGGCGGUCCUGCAAUGUCAAACAACAUGCAAACUGCUUAUCCUGGAAUGGCGCCUCAAUCUUACAACCCCCAAAAUUGGGGCAUGCCUGCUUACCAACAACAAUGGAACGCCCCCUCGCAAAGUGCCGACGCCCCCACACAACAAAACGCCAUGCAGGUUAACCCCUCAACUGGACAGCCUGACUACUCGCUACAGUGGGCAGAGUAUUACAGGUCCUUAGGAAUGCACAGGGAAGCGGAAAUGAUAGAACAACAGGCAAAAUCGAAGGGAAUGUCCUCGUCGGCCCCCGGCCAACCCCAAGCCGGUGCGACGGCAGGUUCCGGUCCAGCACCUGCAGCAACCCCCACUGGUGCUGCAUCCAAUGGUGGCCAACCAGAUUACAGUGCCCAGUGGGCGGAGUAUUAUCGUAGUAUAGGAAAACAUAAAGAAGCUGAAGCGAUAGAAGCACAAAUGAAAUCGAAGCAACAGUCCCAAGCCAACGUGCAAUCGAUGCAAGGAGGCCCAGCUUCGUCCCAGUCCGGCCCUGUCCAAGCCCCAGCAGGUGGUUACCAGCAGCAAGCCUAUGGUGCAUAUCAAGCUUCAAGUGGUUACUACGGUGGACAGGCGCAAGGUGGGGUCCCCAGCAACGUCCCCCAAGGGGGCUACGGCUUCCCGGCGUACGGUUACGGAGCACCCGCCCCUGCAGCCCCCCCUAACAACUCCGACAACUAAGACUCUACGUAUUUUAAAUGUGGUCCCCAAUUACUAAUGGUCAAGCAUCUGCGGGAGACAUUUUUCUUAGAACCUUUUUCAUCUUAGUUAUAAGCGACUAAUUUUAUCAGGAGCAAACGUGCCGCCGCCGUCUUUGAAACAAAUCAACGGAAAAUGCAUAUUUAGAUUAUAAAGUUGUAGAAUAAGGUUUUGUUCGGAAUCAUUUUUAUUUUUCUUCGGUCAUUUCGUUUGCCAUUACGCAGUAUUUGAUAAGGAUAUUUGCAAAUACAUCAUGUACACAACCUUGCGAGCUUUUAUUUAACUGGAAAGUGUUUGGAUUGUUUGCUUUUGAUGAUGAAAACUAUGAUUAGUGACUUGUCUAGCUUCCAAUCUAUACCAUAAAAUUUUGUAGUGAAUAGGUUAUAAUUACCUGUGUGUUAGCUUGUUAUUUAUAGGGUAUGUCAGGAUAAGUGGGACGGCUUUCCCGGAGGUCGCUGCAACAGUUAUGGUAAGGCUAUCGCUGUAAAUGCCGAUGUAUGACUUGUAUAUGCUCACUGUUAAAAAUCGAUUGAAAUUCGCUAUGUUCGAAGGAGCGCACACUUCCAGCAAGUGCAAUAACCAUUCCUUCGUCUAGUUAAGAGGCUUCCUUCGGGCAUAGACGGCAAAACUUGUUUACUCACCUAAACAAAUUUUGCGCAACUUCGUCCAGAACAAAUAAAAAUCUCAAAUCGUUCAUUUAUUCUUUCCGAGAGAUGUGUAUUCACUUCGUUUUUAGUUUUGAUAAUAUUGUAACCCACUAUGUACGGCAGUUAGACUGCAUUGUAUUAAUUUACAUUGAUUAAACUUAACCUAUUACCACUUG